GAUUAGCAUAUAGCGAGAGUCCAGGAGUCACUGUGUCGAUCGCGCGUCGCGCUCUUUUCUCUCCUUUGCGACAACCUAUCGCCCUAUACCACAACUGCAUACGCGUGCACACUCGCGCUUGCGAACUUUUGUUUACUUUGCCAAUCGACCAGCACACACGCAUCACGCGAUCGCGCUCCACGUGCUCGCCCGCGGAAAGUCACAAAGAUCAUCAAAGAGUGCGCGAACAUCGGCGGUCGCUGCUUCCUGCUGCCGUCGCGAGUUGCAACAGAGGAGAAGAAUUUCUCUUUCUUGUCGCUCGCCGAGCAGUUUCGCGCGGCUGCCCCUACCUGUGCGCGGCUGGCUGGCGGCGUACGUCAAGAGUAGCCGGUGAAAUCGAAAUCUCGCUUGGGGGAGAACUCGAGAGAGGCGCCGGCAGUUGGCGCUCGAGCCUCAGACCGACAGCACCUCGAGUGGCCGCGGAACAGAGUAGGCUUAUAUUCGCAGCGAGUGGCCGAGCCGAUAAGGACGGUCCCCCAGCAUCGCGCAGCAGACUAUACGCGAGGAGACGGCAUCAGCUGCGCAGCCCAGCAAUCGUCACAACAGAGCCACGUGCGGAUUGACGCGUUGGGAGUAGGCGCACGCCAGCCGAGAAGCCGGUCGGCCCUCCGACAAGUCGAGAAGGAAAUUACCUGCGAGCUGUCAACAUGUCGUCCUCGCAGAACAGGCGGCAGAUAAUGCAGCCAUGGCCUCUGUGCCUCAUCAACUUUGGCAAAACCAAGGAGCGCGCCAUCCUGCCAAAGUACUACACGAGGGUGCCUUCGAUCGCCCGUUCCUCGACGGGAAGUUCGAGCCUGGUGCAGGACUGCGCCUCGAACGCGACCCUCCUGACGAACGUCAGUCCAUUCAACAGUCAGGUCGCCCUUAUCGCUGACAAGCGUUCAGCCAGCAGCAGUCGCCAGCAGGGCAGCAGCCCGGCCCAGGUCGAAAUCCAGGAACAGCUGGCGUCGAGCAGCGCGACAGAAGCCAAGAGCAGCCAACAGCACUAUUAUACUGAGAAUUUGCGCAACAACCACCACAGGACACUGAACGGCUCGCAGAUCUACGAUCCUUUGCGCAAGGACCGCGAGGUCGACUACAAGCAGCUCGACCCGCUGCUGAGAAAGGACGAGCCAGCGUCCGACACAAAGAUCCUCAUGGAUUCGCAGGACCUGAAGAAACCGGAGGCGGCCUGUCGAGUGGUCGUCUCGCAGUUCGAGAAGGAGAAGCGCAGGACUCACUUCUACUGGAGUCAGUCUCUCCGCGAGCAGCUCCGCUAGCGUCUCGCGAUACACUAGCCGCAUAGGCAUAGCCAUCGUCAUCAGGAAGGGACGCAGGACAAUCGGCCGCCAACAUGAAGAUCC